AUGCUCUUCUGCCUCCUUCAUCCAAUGGACCACAACACCGGACCUUUGGCAAGGAAGUCGACGACAACACUUUGUGCUCUGCUGCUGGUAUCCAUCGCCGCGCUCCUAGUGCUUGCAGUUCCUGGACAGGCCAACGUUACGGAAGUCGGAGUCGCCAAUCACACCAAGAAUGGAAGCAGUGUGACGCUCAAAGGAGUAAGUAAGCAGGCCGGAGAGGACUUAACUUAUGCCGAGUAUGUGAAGCGCUUUCCUACCGUCUGCAAUUUUAAGAUCAACAAGGAUUACAUUGAGCUUCUAUAUGAAGGCACAGGGUGUACUGUGGAAUUGAUCACCGAAAAGAAAAUGAACAUGAUCAACUUAACCACUGGAGUGUACUUGAAAAAAGACUGUGAAUUGGAUAAAUGUUCUGAUCCUGAUGCAGUCAGAAGCUUUAAAGAUGGCUUUUCAAAUCUCCUUCCCUUCGCCUACGGCAGAAAUAACAAGGACCUCAAAAAUCUCAGCGCAAGUCCGUCCUAUGAUAAAAAAGCAAAGUGUGGUGCAAAAGACUUGUGCGGGGGAGAGUGCAUGAAGGAAACAUUUCUUGAAGUCUCCUGGAGCCAAUGUCUUGGUUUUGUAUACGCUCACACUCAUUUAAUUGGCGAAUUUGUGACAGGCUUGGAGCACAUGUUUGAAACAAAGGGUGGUGAUAAGAAGGAAUUCAGGCUGGAGAUAUAUGAUGAUAGCAGCUUCAAAAUGGAAACUCCUUUGUUUAAAACAAAUGAAAUACUUUGCGCUACAACAAAAGGCAUUGCCAUUGUCAGACCAGAAACAUGGAAAAUCAUAAAAGGAGACUUGAAGGAUAAAUAUCUGCUAGUCUUUCAUCUACUUCCGCAAACGGCUACGCGACACUUUGAAGGAAGACAAUUCGUCAAGGAACCACCAAGUAGAGUAAAACCAAACUGCGAUCUCUUCAUUCACUUUGAUAGGCCAGCCUACGAAUUUCUUCAGGUCGAUCCUCGAACAACGACUACAAGCACAACUACAACACCAAAACUAGGCACCACAUCACCAUCAAAAAACAAAACAGCUUCAACGCCACGAUCGCAGCAAGGAAAUACAACAAAUGUGCAAACCGAAGAAGGAAGUAAUGCCUGGAUUUGGAUAUUUGUGAUUUUUGUGGUGAUUGCUGUAAUUUGCCUCGGUGUCGUCGGCUUCCACUUCUUUAAAGAAUAUAAAAAAAUAAAAGAUGAGGACGAGAAAGAGAGAAUCUGGUGGGCCAACGUUGGCGACGAAGCGGAGAUUGCUGAUCAAAACAUGAAACGUUCUGUUGCAGAGGUGCCUUCUCUGGAAUACGAUUUCGUCAAUGAUAUUUAUCAAAGGAUGAGGAGGGAGGAUUUGGGGAACGCGGAAAUGUACAAAAAGAUGCUCUUCAAAUUGUAUCUACCGUUAUUGGAGGAAAAAGGUUUCAAAACUAUUGGUACAUUCAGGGAGUGGAGGAAGAAGAAUAAACUGUUCCAUGAAAGAGGCGAGACUUUGGAUGAAUUCAACAUUAAAGUAAGCGUGGCGAUGGGUAAAAUGCUUAAGAAACAAAAUAAUGAGGGUUUUUUCCUGAUAAAAAGAUCUGAUGAGAAGACGAAGGACGACAAGGUGAAGAAGGAUAAGACCCCGAAGGACCCGGCUCCGAAGAAGACAGACGCUGCAAAGAGCAAACAGGCAGAUACGACAUCGAAUAUUCCAACUGAGUAGGAGGCUAAUGAGACUGAUCUGUAAAUUGUGGAGAUGAAGAAGGUUGCGGCUAAGAAUAAAAACUAGAAGUUG